GGAUUUUCUCCAUGCUGAUGAGAAAGGGACAACAGCUGCAGAGAGACACUGAACAACAGAAAAAACUCCUGAGCUAAACCGACCAGUUUACUUCAAAGAUAUGUUGACCUCGGAAUGGAAACCAGGAUAUGUCCUAUGUUGGGGAAGGGGUUUUGCUUUUGCUUCUGCAGGAGAAGAAAAGCUAUGGAUAUCAACAAAGUUAAUUAAAAAAUUAAUUUGAACAGGAGAAAUCCAUUGAUGAGGAGAAGUAAUAGUUCAUCCACCGAUAUGAGGAUUCUAUAAGUUUUAAGGAAAACUCAACUAACAAAGGUUGGGUCUGUUUUUUGUCUUUACAGGAUAAUAGGAAUACCCAUCUUCAAGAAAUCAAAAGGACUUGGACACCCAGACAUCUAUAGCAGAAGGGAAGAACCUAUUGGUACCAAUAUGCUUCACAGGCGAUCUCUAAAGUCUCCAAAAGGAAGAUGGGGCCCUACAACAACAACUCUUCCCAGUCCGUAAUGAUGCCAUUGAACCAAAAAACACUUUGGACUGCAAACUCUUCAGAACAUUUCCAAGAUGAGAUGGUCCAUCAUAUUACAUUUCUAGCCAGAACCCCAGUUAACCUUACCCAUUAUUCUGAGACUGGCUAUAAACAUUACAAUUAGUCCUACUGAGACUUAACCAUUUGGCUUUCUUACAGGAUACCACAGAGAUACUGUCACCCCCUCAACAGCAGAAAGCAAUUUUAAGAAAACAAUGCCCCCUCUCCUAAAAGCUUUCAUUUCUCUCAGGGAUAUGGGUAAAUUGUUACAGGGUUGGGGGGAACAAUAGAACUUAGAUUCAGGAUUCUUUUUUGGGAAAGGAAAAAGGAGAAUGGAUAGGUAUAGUAUAUUAAGGAGAUUAUUAUAUAUACUAGUAAACUAAUUUAGCAAACUAUCAGCCUUAGAUAAUUUGCACUGAUAUGGAUUCUUGUAUAUUGAUAGAAAUGCAAACUAUUUUUCUGCUCCUAUUUAAGAUAAUUUGUAUAUUGAUACAAAUUCAAAACUUGAUUGUCAUAUUGUAAAUAUAUUCCUACUCCUAUUUGAAAUAUUUUAUAUAUUGAUAUAAAUGUGAAAUUAUAUUCACCAUGCUAUAUGUAUGUUCUAUCUCUGUUUAGGAUAUUUUGUAUAUUGAUACAUAUUAAGGAUAGUGUUGUCCUAUUGCACUAUACAUUUCUAUCUCCAUUUAAGGGGUAUUUUGUGUAUUGUCACAAUUUUGAGGUCAUUGUCCUUAUACUGUACCUUGGUUUAAAGAUUGCUUACCUUGCUAAUGUGAAGCCUUAGUUGCUGUGGGAUGUUCUGUAUGGCAAAUGUGUUGCUAAUUAGUCAAUAAAUAAAACACUGAUUGGCCAUUGGCUAGGCAGGAAGUAUAGGCGGGACAAGGAGGAGAAUAAAGCUGGGAAGCGGAAGGCUGAGUCAGAGAGACACUGCCAGCCGCCACGAUGACAAACAGCAUGUGAAGAUGCCGGUAAGCCACGAGCCAUGUGGCAAGGUAUAGAUUAAUGGAAAUGGAUUAAUUUAAGCUGUAAGAACAGUUAGCAAGAAGCCUGCCACGGCCAUACAGUUUGUAACCAAUAUAAGUCUCUGUGUUUACUUGGUCGGGUCUGAGCAGCUGUGGGACUGGCAGGUGAGAGAGAUUUGUCCUGACUGUGGGCCAGGCAGGAAAACUCAAGCCACAAAUGGCGUCCAACGUGGUGGCAAGAGUUUCCACCUAAAAACUGAGAAAAAAGAUUCUAAAACGGAGCUAAAAACAGCUUCCUAAUUGUCUCUCUCAAAUGAGCAGCAGCUGCCGGUUUGAGCUACUUGUGGGUUUCUGGUGUGCAUGCUCAACCUGCAGUUUGGCGGGAAUGAGGCCUCUGCAAGCAGCACAUUAAGCUGCGUGGUGGAUUUAGCCUUUGCUAGUACAAAACAAAAAAAUGAGGUUUCUGGGCUACACGCUGCUUGGAUAAAAGCAUAGACCCACGAUAGCUCCCAGAGCUGGCGGGAAACCACCACCAUGUUGGGAAGCUGAGGUGGGCGGAGCCAGCAGCCACAGCUGCUGCAGUUUACAGCAAUAGAUUCACAAUAAGACAGAUUCAGAUGUAAUAGUUUACAAUGUGUGUAAAAUAUACGUAGGCUUGAAAGAGACAAAAAAAGGUAAUAUAUACAGUUAUAGAAACAAAUACAUAGUUUUAAAAAAUAAAGUCUUUAAAGAGACAGUAAAAUUAAUAUAAAAAAUAAGUCACGUAAAGAUGAAUAUUACACAGAGAAUCUGGAUUGUGUUGUCUUUGGGAUUUUUAACUGCAGAAAAACAUUUGAUUGUAAAAGUUGUUGAGUUAUGCCAAAAUGUGUAUUUUAAAGAUACCUUGACUUCAAAAUUUAGUUGUAAGGAUGUGUUGCUUUGGAAAGGAGACUCUGCUUUUGUUCCCACAGAAAGCCAAAGGCUAUGGAUUUGUUCCAGAUUAAGAUACAUCAGGUUUGACCAGCCAAGACCCCCUGAAAGGUCUCUGAUGACACCAUGGCCCAGAUGAUCCAACAUCCAGAACGGUUUAAAGGCAACUGGCUCAGACGAUACAGCCUCACGGACUACUCCAUGAUCCUAAAAUUUUCUUUGUGUCCCCAUAAGAUACAGUGCCCCCCUCCAGCAGGAAGUAAUAAGAGAAGCUAUGCCCAAAUUCCCAAAUUAUAUGUAAUUUUACUUUGUUAAGGUUAAAACCUUCCUUUUUGAAAAAAAAAAUGGGGGAAGUGCUGUGGGAUGUUCUGUAUGGCAAAUGUGUUGCUCUGAUUGGUCAAUAAAUAAAUCACUGAUUGGCCAGAGGCCAGGCAGGAAGUAUAAAUGGCACAAGGAGGAGAAUAAAGCUGGGAAGUGGAAGGCUGAGUCAGAGACACUGCCAGCCGCCAGGAUGACAAACAGCAUGUGAAGAUGCUGGUAAGCCACGAGCCAUGUGGCAAGGUAUAGAUUAAUGGAAAUGGAUUAAUUUAAGCUGUAAGAACAGUUUGCAAGAAGCCUGCCAUGGCCAUACAGUUUGUAACCAAUAUAAGUCUCUGUGUUUACUUGGUCGGGUUUAAGCGGCUGUGGGACUGGCAGGUGAGAGAGAUUUGUCCUGAUUGUGGGCCGGGCAGGAAAACUCAAGUUACACUUAGUCCUUAGGUUAUUUAGAUAGAUAAGACUUACAGAUUAAUAGUCACCCAUGAGUGUUAUUUCUAUAGUUAUGUCAGUUAUGCUUUCCAGAUUUACAAAAACUUAUGUCUAGCUAACCAGAGUCUCAGAGUGCCAAGGCUGAACACUUGUUUAGACCAAUCUUAUGAACUCUCUAGGAGCUACAUGGAAUGUGGCCACUUGUCAUCUCCUGGUCUAAGCUACCACUGUUCCUCCUUGGGUGCUGCCAGAAUUUCAAAUGUUGUCCAGUAACACCUGUAGUUCGGGAGUCCCUCCACACAACUGCUGAGUCAGGGCACGUCCCUCCUCUGCCCUGAACUCUAGUACAGUUGACAUUUUACCAGGAGAAAAUGCAUCUUGGUGUUCACCUGCCAGGCCCUGUCUGCAUUCAUCCACCAGGCCCUCUUCUGUCUGUAUUCACCCACCAGGCCUUAUCUGCACUCACCUGCCAGGCCCUGUCUGCAUUCACCUGCCAGGUCCUGUCUUGGGGCCUCAUUUCUUCUCAGUCACAUGUCUGCCUUCUUUUUACUAUUCUUUUCAAAACUUAUUUAUUUAUCUGUUUGUUUAUUUUACGUGCCUGCAUGUAUGUCUGCAUACCACACACAUUCUUGGCUUGAUGUCCAUGGAGGCCAGAAGAGGAUGUUGGAUCCCCUGCAGCUGGAGUCACAGAUGGUUCUGAGCUGCCAUGUGGGAAUCAAACCCAGGUCUUUGGGAAGAGCAGCCAGUACUCUUAAUCUCUGAGCCACCUCUCCAGCCCACCCCCCCUUAAACAAUUUAUUUAUUUUUAUUUUAUGUGUUUGAGUGUUUGCCUACAUAUGUGUAUGCAUACCAUGUGCAUGCCUGGUGGCAGCAGAGGCCAGAAGAGGGUGUCUGAUCCCUCGAACCGGAAUUACCAGUAGCUGUCAGCUGUCUUGUGGGUGCUGGGAACUGAACUCAAAUCCUCUGCAGGAGCAGCCAGAGCUCUUAACUGCUGAACUGUCUCUCCAGACCACUUCACUUUCUUAAAACUCAAUUUUUUAAACUUACAUACAUGUGUGUUUGUAUGCCACAUGUGUGCAGGUACCCAUGGAGGCCAGGAGAGGGCAUCAGAUUCCCAGGAGUGGAUGCUGGGGACCAAACCCAGGUCCUCUGGAUGAACAACAAUCCCUCUUAACUACUGCUGAACCAUCUCUCCAGCCCCCCCCCCACCUCUUUUUGCUAUUCUUUCUUUCUUUUUUUAGUAUUGCUAUUCUUAGAACAUACCAAGCAUGCUCCUGCCUCCAAGCCAGUGCACUGGCUGCUCUCAUUCCUCAUGUGAACUCAUGUCCUCACUUCUCUCAGCUCUCUGCCCAGAUGACAGCUUAGCAUCAAGGCCUUCCCUUUAUGGAAGGUGUCCCCUUCCAUAAAGCCACCCACUCUCCCUGUAUUAUUCUCCCAAUAUUUAUCACUGCCUGACUUACUGCACAUUUAUUUUGUUAUUUGUUUCAUCUUUUGGUUUUUGAGGCAGGGCCUUACCAUGUAUUCCAAUCUAGACUUGAAUUUGCUAUGUAGGCUGGACUUGAACUCUCAAUCCUGCCUCUGCUUCCCAGCUGCUGAAAUUACAGGUGUGUGCUAGAACUCCUAGCCAGACUUAUUUGUCCAUCUACCACCCAUCACCCAGUACCAUAUAAGUAGCCUCCGUAAGUUCAGGCAAGUGGUGUUUUGUUUAUUGCUGUAUACUCAGCCCCAUGAUAGUGUCUGGUACAUAGUAGAGGCUUAAGAAAUCUUUGUUAAGCCGGGCACUGGUGGUGCACACCUUUAAUCCCAGCACUCAGGAGGCAGAGGCAGGUGAGUCUCUGUGAGUUUGAGGCCAGCCUGGUCCACAGAUAAGAGUUCCAGGACAGCCAAGGCUACACAGAGAAACCCUGUCUCCAAAAAAAACCAAACAACAGCAAAAUAACAAACAAAAAAGAAAUCUUUGCUGAAUGAAUGCAUCGCCGUGACUAGGGGAUGAGACUGUUCUAGAAGACUCAUCCCUGUUCUAGGAGCAGGGAUGGAACAGAUUCUCCAGUACGUAGACAGGGCUGCUGGUGAGAGCUGGGGCUCACCCAGGCUGUGCCUGCGUGGUCUAAGGGUCUGGUGCUUUCACACACACUACUCUUUUGUUCCUCGCAACACCCCAGAAGGGUAGAGAUUGUCCUUCCCAUCUGACAGUUGAGAAACUAAGGCACAGAGAGACCAGGGAGGGUAUGCCACCCCCAAAGGGAUGUAGGGCAAAACUCCUAUCUUGGGUCUCUAUUGCUGUCUCUCUCUCUCCCUCCUGCUCAUUCAUUCCUCAGUGUUCAAUGAUCUCUAAGCCCUAUCUCUCUGCACUUCUCCCCCACCUUCCUCAACCUCCCCCCACGAGGAGUCAGUGGGUACAAGAACCCUGCCCCAGCCUCCCUGCCCUGCUCCCUCUGCUCAGGCCUCUCAGCAGGACACAGGCGCUUGGCUGCUGGAAGGAAGAGUGUUAACAAGGAGUGUUUGUAGCAGCUGCUGUCUCCAAGGAGAGGAAAGAAAGCAGAGCAGCGGCGGCGAGGCCACAGCCUGGAUGCUUUUCCGGGCUCCCUGGCUGGUGACAGUGGAGGGCUGCUUGGAGGCAGCGGAUGACCCACCUGGCCCUGGGAAGAGAGGAAUGCUCUCACUUCCACCAGUCCUGGGGGAGCGCUGAGCUGAGUGGACUGGGCAACUGAGAGUGAGGUCGCUUGCAGGGCCACCAAAGGGAAAGUUCAGGCAGGGACUAAGGAAUGUGGGCAGUGGGGGCUGGGCCUGGCCCAGAGGCUGAAGCCAGCAGCAAGCUGCAGAGCCAGAAGCCCUGGGCUCUCAGAGGGUAGAAAGGGACCCCAUUGAGCCAAGGAGAAGUGGUCCAGGACCUUGACCUAGCCUGUAGCAAGAGUAGAGAGACAGCAGUAGGGGACAGGAGGCUCCUACUUCCUCCUGUAUUUCCGUUCCAGCAAUGUCUCAGCAUAGGGGACCCAGGAGGAGGCCCAGGACCCCAGGGCCUCCCGUGCGCAGCAUCCGGCCCUUCAAGUCCAGCGAGCAGUAUCUGGAGGCCAUGAAGGAAGACCUGGCUGAGUGGCUUCGGGAUCUGUACGGGUUGGACAUUGAUGCAGCCAACUUCCUGCAGGUGCUGGAGACUGGCCUGGUGCUGUGCCGGCAUGCCAACACUGUCACAGAGGCUGCUCUGGCCUUCCUGGCUGAGGCACCUGACCGAGCUCCAAAGAUUCCCAUGCCCCAGGCUGGCGUUUUCUGCAAUGGGGCUGCUCAGCCGGGCACUUUCCAGGCCAGGGACAACAUCUCCAACUUCAUCCAGUGGUGUCGCAAGGAGAUGGGCAUCCAAGAGGUGCUGAUGUUCGAGACAGAGGACCUGGUGCUCCGCAAGAACGUGAAGAGCGUGCUGUUGUGUCUGCUGGAGCUGGGUCGCCGCGCCUGGCGUUUCGGUGUGGCGGCGCCGGCCCUGGUCCAUCUGGAAGAGGAGAUUGAUGAGGAGCUGCGGCGUGAGCUGGCCCUGCCCUCGCCGGAUCCUCCACCACCCGCACCCCCUGUCCGCAGGCCUUGCCACUUCCACAACCUGGACCAGAUGGUGCAGAAGCUCGUGAGCCAUUGCACAUGCCCAGUACAGUUCUCCAUGGUCAAGAUAUCUGAGGGGAAGUACCGAGUAGGGGACUCCAACACUCUCAUCUUCAUCAGGAUCCUCCGGAGCCACGUGAUGGUGCGUGUUGGGGGCGGCUGGGACACGCUGGGCCAUUAUUUGGACAAACAUGACCCCUGCCGGUGUACGUCCCUCUCCCACAAACCAGGCAGCUUUCUGAAGCCCCCAGGGCCACCGGUGCAGCAUGAAGUGAAGGUGCAGGAUGGACCCUCACAGCCCCAGCCUACAAUGACCAUCAGCCGCUCACAGAGCCCACUGCCUCCAGUGGAUUGGAGGACAUACACCUCUUCUAGCCGAAAGCUGAGGCCCCCCACUCCCUCUUCUCCCCGACCCCAUGGUCAACGGGGAGCAGGGGCCAGGACCCUCCGAGAGACAGCUCCAUUACUAAGGUCACAAGAGAGGCCAAUGACCCCAUCUCAGAGAACGUUGUCACCCGGUCCCCAAUUCUCACCUAUCUGUAGGAGCCCAGACCUAUGGAGGACCAUGUCAGGAAAGAGAGAGAAUAGAUGCCCAGGUGAACUGCCCAGAGGAAGGACUCCCACAUCUUGGAUUCACAAGGAAUCAGAUAGCCAAGGAACACAUACCAAGGCCCUCAGCUCCCAGAGGCUCCAAAGCCCUGAGGCCACCAGUAAAGGGACAUCAGUAAGAGGACCAUCUCCCCCACCUCGUUCCUCCAGCCUAGCCAAUCCUCACAGUAUCUGGCUUCUGCAUCGGGGUGCUUCCCCACAGCUCAGAGAACCCAUGCCUAUUCAAUCCCCACCCCCCAGCAAAGGGUUCACCAAGAUCCCCAUCCGGCUGUCCCCUGCCCGACCCCCAACUCCAAGAAGUUUUUUGGGUAAUGAAAGUGGAGGUUCCAUGGAGAGAGGAUCCAUCCCAUCAGAGGCCCUCACAGGGAACCUGGAUAUAUCCACACAAGGGCAUCACUCUGUGGAAGCAAGCCAUGGGGACCACCAGAUGGACAUCCAGAUUACUUCAGAGACUGAGGAUCCCAGGAGCUUAGGCACACAUAAGUGGAAAGGGAGGCACACCCCUCUGCCCCUGGGGAGGACCAGAGAGCAAGCUCUCUACCAUAGCCUUGAAGAGGAGAUUGUGGCCAACAUGAAACUGCUGGAGGUGGGGGCUGCCUGUAAUCAGGGUACAAGGCCUCAAAUCAUCCCUCGAAGCGGAGUCUAUGUUCCCAGCCUGGGUGGGAGGUGGCCUGAAUCUGGGGGUCCUUAUGAUAAAGUCAUCCAAGAACUGGUUCAGGGCCCCCCACCUCUCCUUAAAGUGGAUCUGAAAGCCUGGAAGGUAGGCUCUGAAGCCCCCCCUAAGUCAGCUGUGGGCCCAAGAAGCCCCAAAGAGAAGCCAAGAUCCAGAGAGAGUGGGCCAAGGAUAAAGGCAAGCCUGACUGCCAAGGGUACCCCAGUGAGGACUGUGUCAUCCACUAGAGCGAAGGACUGCUCCACUCUGACUGUGCCUGCCACCCCGGAGGCUCCCACACAUUCAGGCUCAGACCCCAGUUCUGACAAAGCCAGGGUAUGUCUGGGCAAGGGCAAGAGAACACUCCGGAAGCCCCAGAAGAUCCCAUCCAUUUACAAGCUGAAGCUGAGACCCAGAAUCCGGCCCCGCAGAGACCACAGGCCUGAGAAAAGACCUUCCAGAAUUCCCAAGCCACUGGCCUACCUCUGCCUGGGUCCAGCCAGGGCAGCUCCUGGAAGUAGGCUAUUGAAAGCCACAUUGGGUGGCAAGGGACGGGGCACCUGCCAGGUGGAUCAAGCUGGUGAAAAGAAGGAGGAAGAGAAAGAGAAAGAAGCCAGCAUCUCACUGGAGAACAGCUCCCAGGUGUCAGCGAACCAGGAGCCUCUGCAGCCUGAGGGGGCUCCACUUCCACCUGAGGAGGAGUCUUGGGUCUGAAGAGCCUGCAGAUGGGGAGGACCACAGCAAAACGUAUGCAGUGCAAUGUAUGCGUGAGGAAGGACAGUCCCUCACUCAGCACAGGGCCUUGGCCAGGAGUGGGUUUGAAGACCCCCAUCUCUUCAGCUGAGCAAAAGGGCAGCCCACACCUUCCACUGCAAGUCAGCAUCUGGCCAGCAGCAUUGGGGAGAGUCGAUAUCUUAUUCUUGCCCCUUAAGAACAGCUCCUCGGCCCCUGGACAUUUCCACAGCUGUAAGUUAUUAAACACACAUGGGUCUGUCCUUGA